AUGUCCAUAAGCAAGGGAGGAAGUGACAAUCCAAAGGGAAGCACCAGGUCUCAAACUCGCUCUGUCAUGGUCUUCUGCGGGGCAAGGCUGAAAAAGCCAAUAAUUGAUGCAAUAUUUGAAAAAUGUAAGCUUUUGACCACAUUAGAUUUUGAAAAGUGUCCGAUAGAUGAAAUUCCAAAAGAGUUGGGAAAUUUGCUGCACCUGAAGUAUUUAAGCUUAAGAGAUACACUGGUGUCAAAUCUUCCAAAAUCAAUUGGAAAGCUGCAAAACCUAGAGUUCUUAGACUUGAGUGAUUCCUUGGUGAAAAGGUUGCCAGUUGAGGUUAACAGAUUCCCUAAAUUGCGAUAUCUUUUGGGUGAUCCUAAAGAGGGUCGUGGGUUCUUUAUACGUGGUAGCCUAGGGCAGUUAGAGCUGUUGCAAACACUCUAUGUAAUUAAUGUAGGUGACGAUCAUGAAUGGGAAUUAAUUAAUGAGAUUGGAAUGUUGAAGCGAUUGAGGAAACUGGGGAUCAUGAAUUUGAAAAAAGAAAAUGGAAGGGAUCUAUGCAUUGCCCUAGAGAAUAUGCCUCACCUGCGGUCGCUUUGGGUUGCUUCAGAGAAUUCUGGGAUUCUUGACUUGCAGGCAAUGUCUUCUCCUCCUCUUCACCUCCAAUCUCUCAGUCUUUGGGGGAAAUUAGAAAGGCUGCCUGAGUGGAUUUCCAGACUGCACAAUCUAGCUAAAUUGAGAUUGACUUUUACUACGUUGUUGGAUGGUGAUUCGAUUAAAGUCCUACAAGCUUUGCCCAAUUUAAGAUUUCUUAGGUUCCUUCGUGGAUACAAUGGAGAGAAGAUGCAUUUUGAAGGAGGAGGGUUUCAGAAACUCAAGUCUCUACGUCUUGCAGGCAUGACUGAAUUGAAUACAAUGAUAAUAGACCAAGGAGCAAUGCCCCUUCUUGAAAAACUAGAAAUAGGUUUUUGCCAGAGUCUGAAGGAGGUGCCUUCUGGGAUACAACACUUGAAAAAUCUCAAACAGCUAUCAUUGGCAAAGAUGUCAGAUGAGUUCAAUGAGAGAUUGUCACCCAAUAAUGGCCAAGACUACUGGAUAGUGAAACAUGUACCAGUUCUCCAAUACGACGGCACUUACGAUCCUGAUGAUGAAAGUUCUUAUGGAGCAUGGGUGAAGCUCUGGUUUGGGUAG